AUGUAUGAGACAUUGGUGGAAGUGAGCCUUUCCCAACAACAGCAUUUAUGGCUGGCUGAGGAUGAUUGCUCUGGCAAUCCUUUUCUCUCGCGAGCAGCCGAUCGGCAGUAUGCUGUGCUUUCCAGCCGUUGCAUUGCAACGGUGGAGCGCAAACAGCAUGGGAACCGAACAGAAUUUCGGCAGAUCAGGCUGAUCGUCUUUCUUCUC